UAAAAUAUGAAAUGAGUAAUGUAUAACAGUAUAUAACAGAUACUGGUACUUCAUCUUCAGGAAUCUAUAACAGUAGCUUAAUGUUUAAAACGACAGAACGCAGACUUUUGACAAGUAUCAUUAUUAUGGAAAUUAGUAUUAUGUCGAUUCUGUUUUUCUUUUAAUAUUUCCCUCAGUGAAGAGGAUGGGCCAAUCCUGGAGGUACUGCAAUACCAGGCCAACCCGUGGCCAGGACGGAGCAAGCUCCUACUCCAUGGCCUAAUUUCAAAAAUCAGUUUAAUAUAGAAGCUACUCAAUGAGCAGCGUUUCAGAUAUUAAGCUGAAAAGAACAGAUACUACACAUGAUCUUAGCCAAAAGGCCGAGAAGCGAUGCCUUACAAAUGCUUCCAAUGAUACUAAUAUAAAAUAACAGUUUGCUAAACUACCGGUGUUGGAAAUGCUCAAGUUUAUUAAUUCAAUAUAAUAUUUGACUCUAACACAUUUUAAAUAAAUAUUUAUAUAUUAUAUAUAACUUAAAAUAUAUGUUAAUGUACAGAAAAAAACCUCAAUUGUAGACAAUGUAUUUUUGUAAAACAUUAACGAAAUUUUGGCAUACGCUAAUUUAGUAAUUUGCAUAUGAAUAAAUGGACACAAUCAGUAACAAAAGCCUAUAAAUUCUAAAAGCAAACACAGACAGUUGUUAUUCAUUUUGUUGUAAACAGAUUCCAGUGAAAGGGGGAUCAGUGGAUUGUACACAUGGUAUAGAUAACCUGAUGUUUAUAUUACUCAAACUUCUAACAUGUUUACUUUUAAAUUAAUUAAGUAAUAUAUAAUAUAAUAAUGUAUAGUUUGUGUUUAAAACGAGGAAGGCAAACUCUUCAUCAUCGAGUGAAGAGGAUGGGCCGAUCCUGGAGGUCAAGCCGACACUCUAUACUCUACAUGGCAGUGCUGUUACUAGCGCUGUAUCACUUUGUAGGCGAUGACGCAUUCGCACUCAGAAAUUGGCUGAUGAAACCAUUCUCUCAUAGAUCACAGGUCCAACGAGAAAUUAUAUACAGCUACAGGUUGUCUCGUGCCCGUCGUGUCAUAGAGAAUGCAUUUGGUAUAUUGUCUCACAGGUUCUGGUGUUUCUUGACUACGAUGCAACAACACCCCGAGACGAUCAACCUGAUUGCCAUGUGCGCCUGUGUUUUACAUAACCUCAUACUGACCAGAUAUCCACUCGCGACGACAGAUGCGGACCAUGAAGAUCCAGCAACACAUGCUCUGAUUCCUGGGGCAUGGAGGGAAGAUUGUGACAUGGCGGUCUUAAUGCAUCUAUCCGGCCACAAUUCCAAGAAAGAGGCAAAGCAGCAGCGUGAUUAUUUGUCAUAUUAUUUGUCCCCUGCUGGCUCUGUUCCUUGGCAAGAAAGAAUGGUCAACCCUCUGAGCCUCAUUCAUAUUAUGUCACGACCAAAGAUAUGGACUAUGAAAAUCCAGCAACACAUGCACAUAUGAAUGUUUAUAAUGUGUUAUUAUGUAACAAGGAAUGAAAGUAUUUAUUAUGUUACACUUUAAGAUGUUAAAAAUUAUUGGGCAAAAGAUGAAUGGAAGAUAAUAAAAG